AUGUCGCUGAUUCGCCGCGCCGACGUGUUCGACCCCUUCUCUCUUGAUCUCUGGGACCCAUUUCCCUUCGGUUCCGGCAGCGGCAGCAUCUUCCCUCGCGCCAGCUCCGACACCGCGGCCUUCGCUGGCGCGCGGAUCGACUGGAAGGAGACGCCCGAGGCUCACGUGUUCAAGGCGGACGUGCCGGGGCUGAAGAAGGAGGAGGUGAAGGUGGAGGUGGAGGACGGCAAUGUGCUCCAGAUCAGCGGCGAGCGGAACAAGGAGCAGGAGGAGAAGUCCGACACCUGGCACCGCGUCGAGCGCAGCAGCGGCAAGUUUCUGCGCAGGUUCCGGCUCCCGGACAACUCCAAGACGGAGCAGAUCAAGGCGUCCAUGGAGAACGGCGUGCUCACCGUGACCGUGCCCAAGGAGGAGGCCAAGAAGCCCGAUGCCAAGCCCGUCCAGAUCACCGGCUAG